UUUAGUUACAUUUUAGACGCGAAGUGGAGAACACGAUUUUAUUUCAAUUCAAAAGCGAUUCAUAAUAACGGGUUUUCUCGGUUUCUUUUUGUUAUUUUUUCUAUGUAUAACAGUGGUUAUGUUGUUCACUAGUAUUUGACUUUUAAAAUCACAAUAAUUUUCUUUAAAACUAUCAAAACAAAGUGUAAUUAAGCAGUUUGUUUUUAAUUUAAACUUUUUGUCAGUAUUAAGAAGUUAGUAACGCGGCGGUGAUUAUUACAACGUUAACCGGGAAUUCGUUUGGCUAUUUUUGAGUUUCUGUGAAAUUAAAACAUAAAUAAUUUCGAAAAAAGCGAAGUUUUCACAACAAUUAUCAUUUUGCGAAUUAAAUAAAAUUCCCAAAUAGUUGCAGAACGACAGCAACGAAAUAUAAAUAAUUUCGUUUAGUUAUGAAAAAUGUGCCUACCUAUACACCGUCUGGUAUUGUGAAAAUUUCUUAAAGAAAAAAAAAUUCGAAUCGACAGUUGAGAGCAGUGUAGAGGCAAUGUGUGAUGACAAAUAAAAGUUAUUUUUAGUUUGAAAAACUUGAUCAUUGUGGUCCGGUCAUUAUACGAAGAUGAUUAAAAUGCACCUGCUGAAUCACUUUUCGGCAAAUUUAAUUGGCCUACUUUUCGUGUUUAUGUUAUGGACGGAUUGUGUGCGUUCCGGUCGUGUACCCGUACCAGUGACAAUAAAUAAAUGUUGUCGUCUCGGCGAGGGAAUGGACCCAAACAGACAAUGCAAUAUCGGCGGCACGGAAAUGUGGGUGCCUCAUGUGUAUUUACUGAAUAAGAAGACUUACUUCAUGCCGAAGGGAGAGGCUCCACGUUUCUUCAAAAUUAAGGAAGGAACGAAACCAGCAACAUGUAAUGAUCCGGAACUGUUCGUUGGAUCUACCGAUUUCGUAUUAUUCUCGAACGGUUCGCUAUUUAUUUCCGAAAAGGCUCAAUUGGUGUCGGGAGACGACUAUUGCGUUGAAAAGGACAUGGCACUCGUGUGCUUUCCACGGCCAGAAGGUGCCAAUUCGUUGACAGCCCCGAUCAAACUAACAAAAGUGAAAAAGUGUUGCGGUGUGCAAUCGGUUUAUCACGAAGAGCUUGCCAAUUGCAUUGUGCUGGAAGAUGGACAUGACGUUUUAUCGAAAAAGUUGAUUAAUUCUUCGGCCGUUGAUAUUGUGUACGGUUUUCCGAAGUGUGAAAGUAAUCAUCGCUAUACUGUCGCGGGCAAAUUUCAAACGAACUAUUUUGAUGAGUCAGAUGGAUCUGUGACUUCGGAAACUGGAAGGAAGUUCCCGUACAGUGAAUAUUGCUUGGAGCAUACAUUGAAUGAUAUUGACUCGAAUGUGGAUAUAUUUACGUGUGCCGAACAAUUUUCGGGACCAGAGACCGUUCCAGUCAAAACAUAUGACGUCCGCUUUGUGCUGUAUGCCAUAGGACUGUUAAUAUCCGUGAUAUUUUUAACGGCCACUUUAGUAACUGGAUUUUUAUUACCCUCAAACCAUCAUGUACUUCAUUGGCGAUGCCAAACAUAUUACGUAGCGUGCUUGCUAGUUGGUGAUCUAUUGUUGGCAAUUACCCAAAUAUUUGGUAAUACAAUUGUUGGUACAGCAUGUGUUUCAAUGGCUGUUGGCAUUCAUUUCUUCUUUUUGGCUGCCUUCUUCUGGUUGAACACAAUGUGUUUCAACAUUUGGUGGACAUUCCGAGAUUUCCGUCCAACAUCUUUGGAAAAAGGUCAGGAAUUGGUCAGACUUCGUAUCUACCAGGUCUACGCUUGGGGUGUGCCAUUCAUCAUUUGCCUCGUAGCAAUAGUUUUGGAUAAUCUGCCAAAAUCACCGGAAGACACAUUUUUGCGUCCACGUUUUGGCGAGAAGAAGUGCUUCUUUUAUGGUGACAUAGAAAUGCUAACCUAUUUCUACGGCCCUAUUGGAGUUCUCUUAUGUGUGAAUUUCCUAUUGUUUGCAUCGACUGCUCGACAAUUAACAUGUGGCCUCUGGAAACGAGACGACGUCAAAUCAACAACCGAACGUAGUUUCAAAUCGCUAAUUUCCAGAGCCGCAUUGGGACGCGUAUGCUUGAAACUGAUUGUGGUGAUGGGCAUCACCUGGGUGGCUGAUGUUCUGUCGUGGGCAGUUGGUGGACCGGAUUAUUUCUGGUAUGUAACCGAUUUAAUAAAUGCACUGCAGGGCGUUCCCAUAUUCAUCGUUGUCGGAUGUCAACCUCAGGUAUGGACAGCCGUCAAACGACUAUGGAGCUCAAGAACUGGACGCGGUGUUAUGGACACAACCAAUAAUGUCGGUCAUUCCAGUUCAUCGCAUGGCUUACCAUCAAUCGGUGAAUCGGUAACCAACAACACAUUUUCCAAUACGACAAGUUCGAAAAUUCCCAUGGAAACGAUCUGCUAAAAGAACCAGUGUUGGAGUGUUGUUUUUUUAAUGUCGACGAUGCCACAUUUUGAACAUAUCCACUCAUCUCUUCUAACCCCCCAAUGACUUAUGUUAAUUUAUUAAAAAUGAAUGUUGAGGUCCUUAUAAAACAACAAUUUUAUUUUUAAAAUUUAGGAACAAAAUUCGAAGUCUAAUCUACGAACAAGACAGAGAGAGAGAGAGAGGUUUAUGAUCGUGUGUUUCACAUUUUAUUUUUACAUGUCUUUUGACCAAAUACAAGACUAAAUUUGCAAGCAUUCAAGAGACACAGGGUCUUGUUGUUGUUGUACGUUAAUCACUUAAAACAUUAUUAUUCGGUGGUAUAACAUGGUGUGAUAUAUGUGCAAAUAGUUAUAACACGAGAUUCGAAUUGUGAAACGGACAAUAUAUUUUCCCCCGUUUAAUUUGCUGGUUCGGUGGCAAAGUGUUUUUAUGUUUUUUUUUGUGAUUGUAAAUUAUUAUAAUAAUUCUCGAUGUACUGAUACACUGAAGAGAAAUCGAAAUGGAUGGGAGUUUGUUUUCAUUUUAUGUUUUACGAUUAAACCAAAUAAUAAAAUUUAUGAUUCUUAAGAUUGUGGAUAGUAAACUGAUAGCAUUAGCGUAAUUUAUUUCCUUUCGAUUAAAUUUUUCGUUGUUUUCUUUUGCAACUCUAACUUAAAAAUAAAAUUUAUUUUCCGUUCCCUUACAAAUCAAACAAAAAUUUGUACAGUGAAACCAUUAAAAUCGUUCAAGGUUUUCGAGUUCGAAUUACGCACCUUAUUAUAAUACAACGUAGUCGAUUUAAUAGAUGUGCCGGGGGAUAACACACAUUCUUUGUCGUCGCUCGAGAUGAUAUUCGAUACACUUACAGCAAGUACUCUCAUAAAUCCGUGCCGUUAUUCAUUCGGAUCAUAAAUAUUCUGUCAACUCAGAUAUACAUGCAGUAUGCAGUGUCAAGUGCAUCAUAUUUCAAGCGCAGUUUCCAUUUCACAGAAACUUUGAAUUCAUUUUCAAAAUUGACACAGAAUCAUUUUCCUAAGCAAAAAUGUGUUCAAUCACUUGGUUGAUUUGAUAUGUAACUUGGAAAACUGCCAUUUCCUUUGCCUAUGAAACGGCAAUGGAAUAUGACGACGCAAAAAAAACGGUUGAACUGCGAGACAAUAUUUCUUUAAGUGUCUUGAAAUGUCUUCGACUAAAAUCAAUUUAGCACUCGUCGUUGUUUUUAAUGGGUCGAUUAAUUCUGUCAGCUUCAUCAAUUACCCGCAACGAUAACUAGUUCUAUCGGAACAAUGACUCAAUUUUUAUUGCUUGUUUAACGUUAUAAUUCCUUUCUAACGUUUUCACAAUAUUGCUUUAAAUGACCAAAUAUUCCAAAUUCUUUCUUUUUUAUUGAUUUAUGUUAUCAACAGCGUGACACAGGUAGAACGGCUGUCUUUAUUUUAGCUAUAAUGGUUACAAUGUUACAUAGAAGUGUUGUACACAGACUUUCAAAAGAUUUAUAAAUUCGAAACAAACGCUAGAGAAAUGUAUCCGUUUUCCUAAUCUGUUAUUGUUCAACACACUCGGUUGUUUUUGUAGUAAAUCGCACUGUGUCGACUAAUAAGUGUUAAAUAAUUAUGCUCUUGAAAGUACUCGAAAAUACCUGUUACUUCUACCUCGUUAAAUGUGUUUAUUACUUUCGGCUAAUAUUUUUGUACCCAGUAAUAAAGUUUGAAGAGCUCGAAAACAUUGAAAAUGUUAAAUAGUUUCACGACGAAUAAGAAAAAAGCGAACAUAAAAAUCUGAGAAUGUGUAGAGGAGAAACGUAAACUGACCAAAUUCAUAAACAACUCAAAUAACAUUUUUUUUUUAUCACAUUCUAGCCUUUAAUUGGUCAAUAAACAUGGGGUGUAAUUAACGUAUUUGUUGUCCGGCAGUUAAAGUGUUGAUGUUGCCGUCAAAUGUAGUAAUUUAACCAUUCCGCUUCUAAAAGUCAUCUGCGUUUAUGACAACAAAAGCAAACGAUGGGCGAUAUGUUGUCUUAUUGUAUAGCAAACUGUAUGUUAACCUUUUAACGCCGAACUUUUUCUUUUCGUUGAGAAAAAAGUUUUCUUUUACGGUCCGUACAUGGAACCAAAUAAAUAUUUUCGAAUCCACAAGAGCGGAAUAACUUUUAUUGUCGGCUCAGUAUGAGCGCUUAGCUAUCGUAUCGAUGCACCGUGGUAGAUCUUCAAAAUUAGAAUGACAAUGCGAAAAUAAUUCUAGCGAGUUUUGAGACUCUGUUGGUGUAGUUGGAGUUGGUUGAGGAGUUAUCAUGCGCUGUGCAAACUGUGAAAACAAUUCUGACGAAUUUUGAGACAGUGUGGUUCAAGUUGGAGUUGGUUGAGGAGCCCAACAAUAAUUAUAAUUUGAGAUUUCGGAAAAUAACUCUGGAUCGAUGAGUAGUGGAUAAUUAGGAGUGGCAGGCCGGGUAUCAGUGGUCAGCUUUUUGUUUUAGCUCUGAGAAUAUCUUCUGAGCAUUUUCAAUAAGUUUUUUAACAAUCGGUUUAAUUGACUUGAGAGAACCACAGGAAAUCAUUCUUUUGUUGUAACUCCUUUCUUUUGUAGAGCUUUCUGUGGCUCCCGUUGUAUUAGCCUUUUUGCAAACGGUUAUGUCUUUGACAAAAAUAGUAGAUAAACACUGGCUAGUUCGAAAAGAAAAUUUAUGUUAAAACAUUCGAAGUAAAAGAUUUUUCCAUUAGAUGUUGAAAGUACUUCGAUCAAAAGAAGUAACAGACUCGAUAAUUUUGUUGGUAAAUAUGCUUUUACUGUCGGCGAUAGGUUAAAAUACUAUAUCAUCACAUAAUAAAAAUAGUUAAAAUAACGGAAGUAAAAGAUUCAAUUACACUACAUUGAUACGCUUGUCAUUUAUAAGGGGUUGAAUGGAAAAGCUUUUUUUUGCCCAUAAUCAAACGACUUGAAACGUCAACUUUCUUAAAUUUAUGUAGGCUAAAAUGUGAUAAUCCGUCGCGGAACACAAGGGGUUGUAAUCACAUAAUUUAUGGAAUCUUCGGGUGAGUGAACAAUGAACCUCGUCUGACUAUAAUUAUGCGAUUACAACGCCUUGUCUUAUAAUAGGCUAUUGUAUACUCAAGUGUUUAUCCAUAAUAAUAAUAAAUAAUAAUAACGAAAUGUAAUUGCAAUAGAAGUAAAUAAUAAAAUAUGUUUGUGAGCGAAGAUAUAUAUGAAUUGCAUAAGAACUACAGCUAACGAAAUUUGCUGAGUAUUUUAAUUGUUGUUUUCAGUUCAUUUGUUUUAUACCAAAGUCGAAAAAUACUAAAAAAAAACUAAGUCCAGGAAUAUUAUAAGUGUUCACCGAUCAUUAAUAGAAUGAGAGAUGUAUAAAUUUACGUAAAAAACUGUCGUGAUUGCAAAAAAAAUGUUUCGAGUUUUAAUUUGCUUGGAAUUUUGUUUUUCUUCGCCAAAAAAAUGAGUGAGAACUAUUUUUACUGGUCUGUAUACUAGUACGGACAGAGUCGUUAAAUUCGAACCAACUAUAAAGUAAAUGUUUAGUUUCAAUAUUUCUAUCAUCAAUGGUUUCGAAAAAAGUUUGUAUAAUAAAAAAAAGUCAAAUGUUCUCGCCUAAUUCCGUCCGACAUGCAUUAAUUUAUAUAAUAUUAAUAUUCUUGCUAAGUUUUUCUAUAUUUUUUUUUAUUAAAUAAUAAAAGGCCAAACCAUAAUGUCUAACCGCUCGGAGAAAACAAACAUUUAUAUAACUUGCCACUUGAAAUAAUAUUUGUAGAAAAUAGAACAGGUAAAAUACUAAUAAAUCGCAUAAAAAGAAACAAGAAAAUAAUUGUGUAGGUACUGAUAUAAUCGACAUAUUUAUAAGAUCCUGCACAAAUCAUUUUUCUUUUUGUUGUUUUUUUUCCUUCUUCUCUACUCUCGGUAUAUAAAACAAUGUAAUGGAAUCGAAAUACCUUUUUGUGUUAUAUGGGGUUUCGUUUUUCUCGAAAGUGUUUUAUUGUUACGGGAAAAGCCCGGACAAAUUUAUUGCGAAAGAUUUUGUUGCAGGAUUUAGGAUGUAAGCAACAAAAACGUAAUAUUAACAAAAACAUUGUUCAGUCGUAUAUAAAAAAGUGUAACAAAGUAAUAAUAAUGGUAAUUGUAUAGUCUGCUUUAAUAUUUAAAUAAUAAACAAUUUCUACCGCCUUUUGUAUGUUUACAGUAAAUCAGUAUUAAUUUUUAAGAAAUUAGACUUACAAAAUGAAAAGAAUAAAAAAAAGGUUUC